UAAGCGUUAAUCUCUGUCCUAAACACAGAGUGGCUAACCACCUUCUCCGGCCAAUCGGAGCAGUAUAUAAACCAAUCAUCGCCAUCUCCUUAUGCCCUAAUUAAAUCUCUAUACAGCUAUCGGAAAAAGUAAGAAAAAUGGCGUCUCCUUCCCUCUGUUUCUCCAUUAUCUUCAUCGCUCUCUUUUUCUCUUCAAUGGCUGUUAACUCUUCCGAGAAAUGCGUAUACACAUUGUACGUGAAGACAGGUUCAAUUCUAAAGGGCGGAACGGACUCGAAAAUCAGCGUGACACUCGGUGAUUCAAGGGGCCAAUCGGUGGAGAUUUCGGAUCUAGAAUCGUGGGGACUGAUGAAACAAGGACACGACUAUUUCGAACGGGACAACAUCGACAUAUUCAGCGGACGGGGCGUGUGCUUGGAAUCGCCGGUGUGCCGACUGAACCUGACCUCCGACGGAUCGGGGUCCCACCACGGGUGGUUCUGCGACUAUGUGGAGGUUACGUCGGCGGGGCCGCACAGAGCAUGCUCACAGACGGCGUUUUACGUGGAUCAGUGGCUGGCGACCGACGCGCCACCGUUUCAGCUGACGACGAUUCUGGACGGGUGCGAUGAUUGGUUGAGUGGGCAUGGAGCGUCGAGGCAUAUGCAUAGCGGAAAGCUGAUGGUUUCCAGUUCCAAAAAAUCUGUUGCAUCGGAGUGAAGUUGAUCGGAAAGGCGGGUGAUUUUUCUUUUUUUUUUUGGCAGUGGCGCAACGUGCGGAGUUUUGGGAGCAUUUUGCUGCUUUAUUAUUAAUCAAAUAAGGGACAUUUUCUUACGUCAUUAUAUAUAUUGAAUUUGGAUGAUAGGUGUAAAAUUUCUAUAAUUUAUAUCGAGAUCGUAUACCAUUGGAUUUUAUAUGUGUAUGGAAUUAUAUAGGUAGAGAUUAUAGUAGUUUAA